CUCUGCUCUUUGACUCCAAUGUCCAUAUAAGGCGGGCGGCACCAUGGCAACUGAAGGGCUUGAAUAGUAGUGUCAAAUCCCCUAGCAGAUAGACACAUGCUCGCUCGCUCGCUCUCCCCCUCCCUUACCACGUGUAUUAGAAAGGAGGAGAGAGAGAAAGAGAGAGAGAGAGUGAGAGAGGGAGGGAAAGAGACAGAGAGAGAAAGUGAGAGAGAGACAGAGAGGGAACAGAGAGGCAGCAAAGAGGAAGCUAGCCAGCUGCCUGAAGGAGUGCGCAGCCUGAUGACUGCCUUGCCUUGUUUCAAGGUGGUAAAUUAAAUGAAUGUUUGCUGGAGCUAAAAAGCGAGGGGACCUGAAAAAGCUGCGAUUCUUCCCACAGUCUGAGCACAGAGAAGGGAGGAAGGUUUAGGCCGCAAGCCGUUACUGCCGGCAGGCAGGCGCUGAACAAAUAAGAAGCAGGGCCAUGCAGGGACAUCGGUGAAACAGGACCCCAGCAACGGUGCAGAGUAUUUUUUGUUUUUUUUAAUUCACUCUCCCAAAGCACAAAGCCAAAGGCGCAGGAAGGAAAGACAUCUGGGCCGUUUUUUCAUAACAGGCAGCAAAGCUGGUACUUCCGUGAACUUGGGUCCUGUUUUAUGGCGAGAGAGCAGAGGCGGCGGCCGAGGGAGGGCUGCCUGUUUUCUCAUCAGUCGCUUCUCCGUGUUGUGCCGCCUGCAGCCCGGACAUCAGAGCACCGGCGCUUAUUUCCAGUCUGCUGACCUGGAAGACUAUUUCGCAAAGGAAACUGAACAGGAACUGCUGCCGAGAGGAAGUCCGGGAAACACACGUGUUAAUCCGGCGCCUUGAACACGCUGUGUCUUAGUCUGCUAUUGGUGGAAGUUUUGCUACUUACUAUGCACCAUCAGCAAGAUUCAUUCAUUGCACCGUGACGUUCCCCUGACUUGCUGCUGUACUUCUACUGAUAUUCAUGUUUCAAGAUUCUUUUGCUCCUCCGUUACUUGUGUGUCUGACUUUUGGGCAGAUACCAAAAACAGAGCUCAGUAGUAACUGGUUGAACUGGUUUAGGAAAGGGGUGCUUUUCUUGCUUGAUUUAUGAGUGCACGGCCAGCGUCCGUCUGGUUCCCCAGCACCUCAGCGCAGACACACAGUCACUUCUCCACAACCGAGAGGGUCUCUGCUCCCGUUCCUGGGCUCAUGUGAUGAUUAAGGAGACUCUUUUAGAAAUGCUUGACUUUAAUUUAUUUUUUCCUUUGGAAAGAGCAGAUUGAAAAUUGUAGUCCCUUGCACGCUGGUCUGCAGUCGUUGGAAAGACUGUGGUAAAAGCGCAAGAGGUAACUGAUUUUAUAGAGAGGAAGUAGGGGAACUAAAGGAGUGCAUGGGGAGGGAGGCUGAAUGAUCCGCUGGCAGUGAAAAUGCCACAAAUCAGCAGGAACAUUAGCUUGAUGUAGUACUUUGUUGUUGUUUUUCGUUUUACUGCUGAAGUGGUAGAAUCCCCCCCAAAAAUCGUUUUCAUCAUUUCAGUUUUUUUUUUUGUAAUUUUCUUGGCAUUUGUAAAAUCUGACUAAUGCAUUAAGUAACAUUUAAUAACAGGCUUAGUUUUGGAUACAUUUCUCAGCAGUGCCCCGUUAUAUCAGUGUUCCGGGUGGUCUGGAGCAGGGGGUGUUGGUUCCCUGGUUCCCGGAUCGGACUGGAACCUCAGCAAUGGCCAUGGUGAGCGGGGGGUGGGGCGAUCCCAACGGGGACACCAAUGGACUGGGGGAGAAAGGGUACCUAAGGGCCGAUGAGGAUGACGGCUCGCCCCAGGCGGGCAGCAGCGACGUGGAGGUGGGGGAGGACGACAAGGCCUGCUCAGUGGACUGCGCGGUCUGCGGCGACAAGUCGAGUGGCAAGCACUAUGGCGUGUUCACCUGUGAGGGCUGCAAGAGCUUCUUCAAGAGGAGCAUCAGGCGUAAUCUCAGCUACAGCUGCAGGUCGAAUCGAGAAUGCCAGAUUGACCAGCAUCACCGUAACCAGUGCCAAUAUUGCCGGUUGAAGAAGUGCUUCCGUGUCGGAAUGCGCAAAGAAGUCCAGCGUGGACGCAUCCCUCCUUCGCACUCAGGAAUCAGUCCUACAUCCCUGCCCGGGGGCGGUGGUGGAGGCAGUGGAGUAGGAGGCACUGGAGAGCUCUUUAACGGGCAGCCGGUCUCAGAACUCAUCUCCCAGCUGCUGCGGGCCGAACCCUAUCCCAGCAACCGCUAUGGGCCCCAGUACGGCCAGCAGCAGGGGCAGGUGCAGGCCGGCGGACCCGUCAUGGGCAUUGACAACAUCUGUGAGCUGGCGGCGCGGCUGCUGUUCAGCACCGUCGAGUGGGCACGCAACAUCCCCUACUUUCCCGAGCUGCCCGUGUCGGAGCAGGUGGCUCUAUUGAGGCUCAGCUGGAGCGAGCUCUUCAUCCUGAACGCGGCACAGUCCGCCCUGCCGCUGCACACGGCCCCACUGCUGGCCGCCGCUGGCUUCCACUCGUCGCCCAUGUCGGCCGAGCGCGUUGUGUCCUUCAUGGACCAGGUGCGCCUCUUCCAGGACCAGGUGGACAAGCUCACGCGCCUGCAGGUGGACUCUGCAGAAUACAGUUGCCUCAAAGCCAUCGCCCUCUUCUCCCCUGACGCCUGCGGCCUGACGGACCCCGUUCACGUGGAGAGCCUGCAGGAGAAGGCCCAGGUGGCGCUGACAGAGUACGAGCGGCUGCAGUACCCCAGCCAGCCGCAACGGUUCGGCCGCCUGCUGCUGCGCCUGCCUGCCCUGCGCGCUGUGCCCGCCUCGCUUAUCUCCCAGCUUUUCUUCAUGCGACUGGUGGGCAAGACGCCCAUUGAGACGCUGAUCCGUGACAUGCAGCUGUCCGGUAGCUCCAUCAGCUGGCCCUACGUUCCCGGGCAGUGAUGGCGCUGCCUGCCCUGGCCUCUCCCUCCAAGCGACCCAGUAUUACACCCUGCAGCCGCCCCCUCCCUCACUGGAUCUCCUCUGUUUAGCAGGCUCUCGGCAUACUGUACGUAACGUCAGCGUAGGAUCUGGCAAAAUGCCUGAAAUGACAUGCGGUCACACCGUGACGACAGUCACAUGUGCGUAUCACACUGGAGCCCAGACGGUGUCGGUAACGGUGAUGAGUGUGAGCACGUGCCACGCAUCAGUUACGUGACUCCAGCCGCGUGGGGUCGGUCACUAUGUCGAGAGGGACCACGAGCCCCGCGUCGGUUACGUGACUUCAGCUACCAGCCGCGCGGGGUCGGUCACUAUGGCGAGAGGGACCACGAGCCCCGCGUCGGUUACGUGACUUCAGCUACCAGCCGCGUGGUCAGAUUCAAGGAAGUCGGUUUCGCAGGCAAAACAAAAACAUUUAUAAUACAAACUUUCAUAUAGUGAAUGAUAACCUCCCACAGUUUAUAAAUAGAUUUGGUAAAAGUAUGUUUGUUAUGCUUUAAAAUGUUCCAUCUAGAUGUUCUAGAUUUACGUUUAAAUGCCAAAGAUCUGAUUACUCUAUUGUUAAUAACUUUAUUACUAAAUAUAAAAAAAACUCUAAACUGAAGACAACCAUUUCGUUCGAAUCAUUAAUGAAAGUCAUUAUUGCAUUACUUGAAAUAUUUGUGCACAUUUAUAAUGCCUUUGUUUGUGGCAUAAUUAUCAUACUUACUGUAUGAUCUUAUGCAAUGAACAAAUAAGUAUUUUAGUGUCCACUUCAUAAAUAAUAUGGAUUAUACAUAACUGGUAUUCACCUGAAUUAACGUUAAACAAUGCAUACUCAGUUUCAUGUCUUGGUUGAAAUUACAAACCAAAAUUACUCAGCUGAGAUCAGUAAAAAGUUUGUCAACUAGAAUGUCUGCUUCAACUUAUUUUAUCAGUUAAUAGUAUUGGAAGUAUUAUCUGACCUUGUAGUACAAAAGGCAUAAAUUUGACAUGCAGUAUUCUUUCCUGUGCUGUAGGGGGAGCCAAAAAUAUUUCUGAAACUAGACAAGGGUAAAAGAUUACACAGCAUAAUGGUGCAUUGAUAAAGUUUUACUGUCCCAUGCAUAUGAGUGUAUAAAAAAAUCAACAAAUUUCAGUGUAAAAAUGCAUUUCUGUUUGUGCCCAGUUUACCAAAGGCUCAUUCCUUCAAAUAUGCCAUAAAUUAGUUGUGAUUUCAUGCACUUGCAUCGAUUCAUGUAUUUCAGUGUAUUUAAUGAAUUAACACUUGCAUCUUGGUGAUUCUUUCACUGUAAUAAAUGAUCGGUUUUAGGGGCCAGUGUGGUCCCUCCAACAGCAUUUUUUAACAUAUUUAUUUCAGGGAUCCCGGUUGUUGCCUCAUUUAUCAAGAGUUUUUAUGGUUUGUUUUUAUUCUUAUUUAUUCAAAUUAAAACGCACAGUUAAUAUGACCAUUUCCCGGGGUAAAAUGAAAUAAGCAUUAGCUGUCACUGCCGAUGGCCUUUUCUACUGCUGAUACUGGCAUUACGUGUGGCACAGAAACCAGUGACACAUUCUGUAGAAUAAAGAAUGGAUAUUA